AUGACAGAUUCUAUGCUUACUGAAAUUCGUGUCGAAGUUAAUCAAAGACAUUUGGUUGAUAAAAUGUUGGCCAGAUAUGCUGCUGAAUUUGUGGUUUUUCGAGAGUUGAUGCAAAAUGCUGAUGAUGCAAAAACUACUGCCGUAGAAAUCAUAUUUGAAGGUACCGCUGAUGGAACUCUCACAAAGACAAUUUUUAAAAAUAAUGGAUUUCAUUUUCGAGAUCAAGACUGGAAUCGAUUAAAAAAAAUUGCCGAAGGAAAUCCUGAUGAGCAAAAAAUUGGUGCUUUCGGAGUUGGUUUUUAUUCAUUAUUUUCUGUCUGUGAAAAUCCAAAAGUAUCUUCUGGUGGACUUUCGAUGGAAUUUUUUUGGAGAGGUGAUCAAUUAUAUGCAAGGCAUGGACCAAAUGGCUCUAAAGACCUAAAAUGGACAACAUUCGAAAUGGAGAUGAGAUCACCAGGAGAGUUUCCAGAUUUGGAUAAGCUUUGUCGUUUCUUAGCAACUUCACUGGGAUUCACUGGCAAUCUUUGUGAAGCUUCUGUAUAUUUUAAUAAAGUUCGAGUGAUUCAUAUAAUGAAAAAGAUAGGACAGCCACGACCUAUUGAAAUUAGGUAUGAUGUAGACAGUGAAUCACCACAAGGUAUAUUUAAACUUAAGUCGAUAGAUUUGUGCGAUGUUCAAAUAAAAGCAGAAAAGGUUUGCAUCCCUCCAAGAUUAUUGCCAUCAGGAAAUUUUCCAAAAGAAACUGCUUCUGUAUGCCUCCAAAUUGCAAGCGGCAAUUUGAACGUUCGAGUUCAAGAUAAAUUUUGCAAUGAAAUGGAAAGGUUAACAAAGAAAAAACCUCCGAAUCAAACCAAAAUACAUAUUCUUCUACCAAAAUAUAACGACUCUGAAAUUGAUGAUUUUUGUAAUAUUUUCAAAAAUUUGUUGCCAUUUCCUGAGCAAGGAAGAAUUUUCAUUGGUUUCCAAACUCAUCAAACUACCGGUUGUUCUGUGCACGUUGCUGCUCGAGUUAUCCCAACGGUUGAGCGUGAAUCAAUAGACUUGGUUGAUCCAACACUUUCCAUAUACAACUCAGAGAUGUUAUGUUCUGCUGGAAUAUUAUGCCGUUUGUUAUACGAAAAUGAAAUGUAUCAUAUUUCAAGAUUAUAUCAAGAUAUGAUUAGUACAAAAAAAUCGACAUAUGAUUGCGAGAAGCGCGCUGCGCAUGUACUCACACAUUUUACUUUCGGAGGUAGUACACCAAAUUCUCAAGUAGGAAAAAUAAUAGAAACCCAAUUUUACAAUUGCUGUUCUUCAAAAUUAUCUAUGUUAUCUACUACUGGCGUCAAAGCCAUUAAUUUGAUACGAAUACCUGACCCAGAAAUGGUUGCAUUUAUUAAAACUGUUUCAGUCAUUCCAGAAAUUGUAUUAGAACGUUGUAAUUUAUUCUUUAAUAGAGCAGAGACUAUUUGGAGACUUAUCGAAAGAGCUUCAAUAAAUGAUGCAAUUGAAGAAUUGAAAAGCCGAACUCUAGAUCAGGAUGAAAUGGUGGCAGCAAUGAAAUGGUGGAUAGCGUAUUCUAUGAAACAAAAUGUCACAAAAUUGAGACAAGACAGAUUUGUACAGGUUGCUAUCGUACGCGCUGGAUUGAUUACUUUACCUCUAAAGAAUGUUCAUUAUUUCCUUAACAUAAAGACAAUACCACCAGAAUCAGACAUUCCUCCUGAUGUUUUACCAUAUGCUGUUAGCAAAGAGUUUAAAUACAAAGAGUUGCAGAAAUAUUUUGGUAAUUGGACUGAGCUUCCAUUAGGAAUAUGGGCAAAAUACAUCCUCAAAAAGUAUAAAAUAGAGAAUGAUUCAGACUUUGCUGAAAAAUUUAUUGAAAUUCUUUCUCAAGGUUUUAAAUCGAUGGAUAAUGAAUCUCGGACUACCAUAUGCAAAUUGCUUUCUCAAAAAACAUGUAUUCCAACUCAAUUUGGUUUGAAAAAGCCUGUUGAUUCUUAUUUUCCGGAAGUAACUCUAUUUGAUGAUUUGCCCAGAUUCUCUAUGAAAAAUAUUUCUGAAGAUUUUUUCAUAGCAAUGGGUGUACAUAAGCAUGUAGAAUUACAACUCGUUUUUAAUCGCAUGGUUAAUAAUGAAAAUCUAAACCACAUGCGACUUAUAAAUUAUUUCGCUCCACUGAUGAAAACCCUUAAAAAUGCUGACAUUGAAAAAUUAAAAACGACUGCAAUUUGGAUAGAAGAAAAUGUUAAUAUAAAUAAAUCAAGGAAUUAUGUAAAAAGAUAUUUAGCAAAAGAAUUGUAUGCUCCAUGCUCUAUUAAUAGAUGGCUUAGGUUGCCAGUGAUCUAUUGGAAAGGUAAUUGGAUUGGAAAUUCUGAUGAAGUAAAUUUUAUAACCAAUCUUGGACUCCAAGAAUAUCCAUCUCUUCAAAUAAUACUGCGCCUUGCGUCUCCACCUACAGCUCUUGAAAUUCGUAAUAAAGCGCUAAAUUAUUUUAUUGAUAAUCUUAGAGAUAAAUAUAGAGAAUAUAAACCAAGUUUAAUUGAGGAAGAGUUUUUACCAUGUGACUCUGGCAUUUAUGCAAAACCAUUAGAUUGCUUUUCAAAUCCAGAUUGUAUGAUAAUGAAAUUUAACGCUUUACGUAAAGAUUUACGCAUUCGGGCUGAAGAGUUAGGUGUUAGACAGCAUCCUAACGGUAAGCUACUAUUGAAGAGAUUAUCAAAUAAUCUUCCGAAUAGUAUAGAUGAAGCGAAAAUGUAUUUUGACUACCUAUCAUCACGCCGAGGUGAUUUUGAUUAUGAUGAUUGGAAGGAACUUAGAAGUCUCAAAUUUAUACCUGUUCAAGACAAAUCUUUGCCAGGAAAUAUCUUUUAUUGCACUCCAAGAGAUUUUGCAAAUGCAUUUUUGGAAAAUUGUGGUGUCAAACAAGAGCCAACUUCAUUAGACUUGGCAGAAUUUCUUGUUAGGUCAUCUAUGGAUUUCUGGAGUCAAAUGGAUGAAGAUUCUUACAUUUCAAUCCUUGGAACAAUUGCAUUUAAUUAUCUAUCAAUAUUUAAAGAAAAACCUGAGUUAUAUGAAGAAAUGAAAAAAUCACCAGUAUUGUUGGGUAGAAAAAAGUAUGGUAAUUCUGAACGUUAUGACUUAGCCUGUGCAAACGAAAUCUUUAUAAAUGAUAAUGAUCGUUAUCGAGAUAUGUUUAAUGCAUUAACAUGUCAAUUUAAAGAUCAAAAAAUGGAAGAAUUUUAUAUGGUGUUAGGAUGUCAAAUGCUUAGUUCAAAAGUUAAAACAACACCUCAACAUGAUGGUACACCAAUAUCCUCAGAAGUUUCUAAUGAUGUAUUAGAAAGAAUCUUGGAGCGAGUCCCUUGGUACUAUUCAAGUAUACCUAAUGACAAUAUUAAAUAUGAAGUGUCAUGGAUAGAAAAAUUAAAGGUUAUGGAAGUUGAUCGAAUAUAUGUCACAUAUGAGCUUACAACUAAUAAUAUGAUAAAAAAGGAAGAAGUCAGCUCUAGUAUUUCGGAAAACGAGGAUACAUUUAUUCUUUAUAUUUCUCGCUCCAACACUGAUUAUACAGACAUUGCAUCAAAUUUAAUUCUGAAUAUUCAUCAACGGCCUCAGCGUCAACAUUCCUUAAUUUUAUAUACGUAUUUGAACUCAGAAAUAGAUGUUUUGCAACGACUUGGAUAUCCUAUAGAAAAAAUAAAAGUGGCUAUUAAGGGUAAAAUGCAUAAACCUGCAACUGAAGGGUCAUCAUCUACCUCAGAACCACCAAAAAAAAUUAGGAAGACAGAUCCAACAGCACCUAUAUCCAGUGAUGAAUUGCAAAAGUUAUUACGUGCCGGGAUAAUGUCUUGUAGGUCAAACUUUCAAGAUUCUAUUUAUAGUCCACCAACUGUUAACUCUGUGCCUGAAAGUCAUUGUGAUUCUGUGCCAGAAACUUCGCUAAAAUAUGUUAAAACUGAGAGUGAAAUUGAACUCCACGUUGCAACUAAUAUGGACCCAUCUAGCAUACUAUCGACUAGUAUGGAAAGACCUUUGAAAUGCUUCAUUAGAGUUCUCAUCAAUGUUGCCGAAAUUUUUGAAAUACCAAGAAACAAAAUUAACAUAUUUUAUGAUAUUGAUUCAACAACUGUUGCCUUUAACCGUAAUAUGACAUUAUUCUUUAAUUUAAGAUAUUACAUAGAAUAUAAAGAACCUUAUAAUAAAGCUAUUGUAUCUUGGUACAUGACAUUUUGUCAUGAAUUAGCACAUAAUUUUGUUAAACCACACAGUGCUGAACAUGAGUUUUUCUUACAAUCUUAUGCGAAACAAUUUAUUCCAAAAUUAUUCGAGAAACUCGGUGGAGGAGUAAAUACUGUACAGCCUACAACACAAACUAGGAGUAUAUUAUAUAACCCAUACGCAUAA